CAUGGAGGACGACGAGGGCGGCGUGCUUAAGGAGGGCUUCCUAGUCAAAAGGGGCCACAUUGUCCACAACUGGAAGGUCCGGUGGUUCAUCCUCCGACAGAACACACUGCUAUACUACAAGCUUGAGGGUGGCCGGAAAGUGACCCCUCCCAAGGGCCGCAUCCUCCUGGAUGGCUGUACCAUCACCUGCCCUUGCCUGGAUUAUGAAAACCGACCUCUGCUCAUUAAGCUGAAGACUCGAACAUCCACAGAGUACUUCCUGGAGGCGUGCUCUCGAGAAGAGAGGGAUGCCUGGGCCUUUGAGAUAACCGGAGCCAUUCAUGCCGGGCAGCCAGGGAAAGUCCAGCAGCUCCACAUACUGAAAAACUCCUUCAAGCUGCCCCCUCACAUCAGCCUGAAUCUCAUUGUGAACAAGAUGCACGACAGCAGUGGUGGGAUCCGGCCGAGCCCCAACAUGGAACAGGGAAGCACCUACAAAAAGACCUUCAUAGGCUCCUCCCUGGUGGACUGGCUCAUCUCCAACAGCUUCGCGGCCAGCCGUCUGGAGGCGGUGACCCUGGCCUCCGUGCUCAUGGAGGAGAACUUCCUCAGACCAGUGGGCGCCCGUAGCAUGGGGGCCAUUCGCUCUGGGGAUCUGGCCGAGCAGUUCCUGGAUGACUCCACAGCUCUUUACACGUUUGCUGAGAGCUACAAGAAGAAAAUAAGCUCCAAAGAAGAAAUCAACCUCAGCACUGUGGAGUUAAGUGGCCCAGUGGUAAAACAAGGCUAUCUGGCCAAGCAGGGGCACAAGAGGAAAAACUGGAAGGUGAGGCGCUUUGUUCUGAGGAAGGACCCGGCUUUCCUGCAUUACUAUGACCCUUCCAAGGAAGAGAACAGGCCAGUUGGUGGGUUUUCUCUUCGUGGCUCACUCGUGUCUGCUCUGGAGGAUAAUGGUGUUCCCACUGGAGUUAAAGGGAACGUCCAGGGAAACCUCUUCAAAGUUAUUACUAAGGAUGACACACACUAUUACAUUCAGGCCAGCAGCAAGGCAGAGCGAUCUGAGUGGAUUGAAGCGAUCAAACAGCUAACGUGAGUUUGGCAAGAGCCUGAGGGAAUAGGACCAAGAUUCCUUUCUGGUACCAGAGGUUUUUCUGGAGAAUGCGAGUGUUAAGAACUUCCUAGGAGGAGUUACUGUCUUUGAACUUUUGAUACCACUUUGGAGAGACUGCUACAUUCCUCAGUUAAAAACAGCAGUGGUGCCAUUUCCUUUGCAUCUUUGCAUCAUCAACCUGGAGAGACUACAACAGCCACUAGGCAUCAGCAUCUUGACUUUUGCUAGUCAUCACAUAAUCCUUUCCUUGGACACUAAAAUAGGUUCUCCUUGU